ACUCUGAGCAAGAGAGAGAGAAAGAGAGAGGAGAAAUCAUGUCUGGUUCUCUUUCCUUCCUUCACAGUGCGUUCGCUUCUUCACAACAACUCACUCUUGGACCCAAAUUCGUAGCAGCGAAAGCAAGUCCAUCCCUGGUUAUUGAAGCAAAGGCCACAGCGAAAGCAGCUGUAGUUGGACAGGGGUUCGUCGCUAUAAAUAUAAAGGUUCGCAACACUGCAGGAGCAAUCAAGCACCAGGCAGUGGCGGUUCGGAAUGGAGCAGACAUGUCGACCUUCUACAGUUGCAGUUUCGAAGGCUACCAGGAUACCUUAUACACCCAUUCCCUCAGGCAGUUCUACAGGGAAUGUGAUAUAUAUGGAACUGUGGACUUCAUAUUCGGAAAUGCUGCCGCUGUUUUCCAAGACUGCAACAUAUAUGCUCGGCUGCCGAUGCAAGGCCAGUUCAAUGUUCUCACGGCCCAAGGCAGAACAGACCCAAAUCUGAACACCGGAAUUCCCAUUCACAACUGUUAAAUUAUGGCAGCUCCAGGCUUGGCUUCUAGCAAUGGCACCACAAGAUCUUAUCUGGGGCGGCCAUGGAAAGAAUACUCCAGGGCUGUGUAUAUGCAAUCUUUCAUUGAUAGUUUUAUAGAUCCCACUGGUUGGAGAGAAUGGUCAGGUGACUUUGCACUGAGCACGCUCUACUACGCAGAAUACAGCAAUACAGGACCCAGAUCAGUGACAAUAGACAGAGUUGCUUGGGCCGGUUACCAUGAGAUAGAUGACACAGACGCAGCCGAUUUCACUGUCUCUAAUUUUGUAGUAGGUGACUAUUGGUUACCUCCCACAGGAGUUCUUCAAUCUCAAACAAAAGGGAAGCAGCGGCUGAAGGAGGAAGAAAGCAGCGGCUAAUGUUUGGGUUUCGGGUUGAAUAACGACGGGGGUAAUUUUGGUAUUGCAAAAUGGACUGAAAAAAUAAAGGGUAAAAUGGUAAAUUAAUGAUA